AUGUCUAAUAAUAACAGAAAUAACUAUCAAAUAGUGAUGCUAGGAGACAACUCUGUUGGCAAGAUGAGUCUAGCACGACUACUUUUAGAAAAGGAUGAUACUUUUCAAAUGAAUGAUGAUCUCAUCUUGCAUUAUCCCUUUUCACCUCCACCAUUGACAUUCUAUGAUCAAACAAUAACCUCGAUCACAUAUGAACUUGUAAUAUUUAAUAAUAGAUGGGAUAGAACAUGUUAUGGAAGAUUGAGAAGAGCAAAGUUGGUGGUAUUGGUAGUCGACCUAACUUCUCGACAAUCAUAUGACAACAUUUUAAAUUGGAUGCGUGAAGUAGAGAGAUACUGUCACGAAGAUAUCAAAGUCCUAAUGAUAGGAAGUAAAUCUGAUCUCUUGAAAACGAGAUGUGUAACCUAUGAAGAUAUGAUUGACAAGAUGCAAGAACAUGAGUGUAUCAUCGAGUAUCUUGAAAUGUCAAUACAUGGAAAUAACAACAUCGUUGAAUCACAUCGAUUAGAUUUCCGUCAAGUAAUUGUCAAUCUAUUUAAUCAACAGUAUAUUGAUAGUAUACAUAAUGAUGCUGAAUUAGGUGGUAUCAAAAUUAGACCUAUCAAUCUACUCAUGUACAACAAAAACAAAAACAAAAACAAAAACAAAAACAAAAACAAAAACAAACCUAAAAGUAAAUCAAAAUCAAAGUCAAUCAUUUCAACUACAACAACAACUUCAACAUCUACUGGAGUUUCACCAAAACUAUUCCAUUUCUUAUUUGGAUUUCGAUUGAUUCAUAGGGUGAUGGGAGUAAGAUCGGUUAAACUGAUAUCAACCAAUCUUGAAUUUUGGUUCUCUCAUCCACGUCUGGUACAAGUUUUAAAGUAUCGACAACAACACCCAAACUAUCCAACCAUACUGCCAACGAUCAGUAACACCACAUUUAACCAGAAAAGUGUAUUUGGAGCAUUCCUUAGAAACAAUACAGACUUUGAACUAUUCAAAGCUUUCUUUCCAAAUUACAGAGUUUCAAAACAACACCAACAAAAUAAUUAUGGAGGUAAUGAAAAUACUAGUAGGAUCAUUGAUGAGUGUUGUAUAGCUGGAUCACUAGAGAUUGUACAAUACCUAUAUAAAACACAAGGAUUUCAAUUCACACCAUAUGGUUUGAUGAUGUCAAUCAUAUUCAAUCACCUUGAAGUCACCAAAUACAUUGUCAAACAUUCCGAUAUUUCCCUAACACUAUGGGCAAGGAUGGCAAAGCAACAUAGUAGUAGUAACAACAAAAAUAUGACAAUCAAUGACAAUAUUCUAAAAGAAGCAAUUGCCAUGACAAAGACCUAUGGACGAGACGAUACAUUAAAAUAUCUUCAAGACUUGUCUGUCGGUCCUCCAGACCACCAUCCACAUGGCAAUCAAUCUAUUUUAAAAAAAUUUACUUUAUUAUUUAAAUAA